AUGGCAGCUUUUCUGUCAUUCAUCCUGGCCUGGUUUGAAGAAGGAGAGGAGACCACGACAGCAUUCGUGGAGCCCAUCGUCAUUAUUAUGAUCCUGAUCGCCAACGCCGUGGUGGGUGUGUGGCAGGAGAGAAACGCUGAGAGUGCCAUCGAAGCCUUGAAGGAGUAUGAGCCCGAGAUGGGGAAGGUGAUCCGUGCCGACCGCAGCGGAGUGCAGCGGAUCCGCGCCCGGGACAUUGUCCCCGGGGACAUCGUGGAGGUGGCAGUUGGCGACAAGGUGCCAGCGGACAUCCGGAUCAUCGAAAUCCGGUCCACCACCCUGCGGGUCGACCAGUCCAUCCUCACAGGGGAGUCUGUGUCGGUGAUCAAACAUGCUGACCCCAUCCCCGACCCCCGGGCUGUCAACCAGGACAAGAAGAACAUGCUUUUCUCCGGCACCAACAUCGCAGCUGGGAAGGCCGUAGGGGUUGUCAUUGCAACAGGGGUGUACACCGAGAUUGGGAAGAUCCGAAACCAGAUGGUGGAGACAGAGCCCGAGAAGACCCCCUUGCAGCAGAAGCUGGACGAGUUCAGCCAGCAGCUCUCCAAAGUGAUUUUCCUAGUGUGCAUCGCCGUCUGGGUCAUCAAUGUCAGCCACUUCAGCGACCCUGUCCACGGGGGCUCCUGGUUUCGGGGGGCCAUCUACUAUUUCAAGAUUUCGGUGGCACUGGCGGUGGCUGCCAUUCCCGAGGGCCUCCCGGCCGUCAUCACCACCUGCCUGGCGCUGGGCACGCGCCGCAUGGCCAAGAAGAAUGCCAUCGUCCGGAGCCUGCCCUCGGUGGAAACCCUGGGCUGCACCUCCGUCAUCUGCUCUGACAAGACCGGCACACUCACCACCAACCAGAUGUCCGUCUGCCGGAUGUUCAUUAUGGAGAAGGUGGAGGGCACCCAGUGCAGCCUGCACGAGUUCAGCAUCACCGGCUCCACCUACACCCCCGAGGGACAGAUUCUGAAGGACAAGCAGCCGGUGCAGUGCGGGCAGUACGACGGGCUGGUGGAGCUGGCCACCAUCUGCGCCCUCUGCAACGACUCCUCGCUGGACUACAACGAGUCCAAAAAAGUCUACGAGAAGGUGGGGGAGGCCACUGAAACAGCCCUGACGUGCCUGGUGGAGAAGAUGAACGUCUUCAACACUGACACCAGCAAACUGUCCAAGGUGGAGCGAGCCAACGCCUGCAAUUCAGUGAUCAAGCAGCUGAUGAGGAAGGAAUGCACCCUGGAGUUCUCCCGCGACCGCAAGUCCAUGUCGGUGUACUGCACGCCCACCAGCCCUGGCCACAACUCCGCCGGCAGCAAGAUGUUUGUCAAGGGUGCUCCAGAAAGUGUGAUUGAGCGCUGCACCCACAUCCGUGUGGGCACUGCCAGAGUCCCGCUGACGGCCCCGGUGCGAGAGAAGAUCCUGGCCAGGAUCCGGGACUGGGGCAUGGGCAUUGACACGCUGCGCUGCCUGGCCCUGGCCACCCACGAUGCGCCUGUCCGCAGGGAGACCAUGCAGCUGCAUGACUCUGCUGCCUUCAUCCACUACGAGACCAACCUGACCUUCGUGGGCUGCGUGGGGAUGCUGGACCCUCCCCGCAAGGAGGUCACCUCCUCCAUUGAGAUGUGCCGCAAGGCCGGCAUCCGCGUCAUCAUGAUCACUGGCGACAACAAGGGCACGGCGGUGGCCAUCUGCCGCAGGAUCGGCAUCUUCUCGGAGAGCGAGGAUGUGGCUGGCAAAGCCUACACGGGCCGGGAGUUUGAUGAGCUGCCCCCCGAGGAGCAGCGGCAGGCGUGCCUGGUGCUCUCCGAUGACAACUUCUCCACCAUCGUGUCGGCCGUUGAGGAGGGCAGGGCCAUUUACAACAACAUGAAGCAGUUCAUCCGCUAUCUCAUCUCCUCCAACGUCGGGGAGGUCGUUUGCAUCUUCCUGACGGCCAUCCUGGGCUUGCCCGAGGCCCUCAUCCCCGUGCAGCUGCUGUGGGUGAACCUGGUGACAGAUGGGCUGCCGGCCACUGCACUGGGCUUCAACCCCCCCGACCUGGACAUUAUGGACAAGCUGCCCCGCAACCCCAAGGAGCCCCUCAUCAGCGGCUGGCUCUUCUUCCGCUACCUGGCCAUCGGAGUGUACGUCGGCCUGGCCACGGUGGGCGCAGCAACCUGGUGGUUCUUGUACGACGCCGAGGGACCGCAGGUCUCCUUCCAUCAGCUGAGGAACUUCAUGAGGUGCACCAAGGACAACCCCAUCUUUGAAGGAAUCGACUGCGAGAUCUUUGAGUCCCGAUACCCGACCACAAUGGCUCUGUCUGUGCUGGUGACAAUCGAAAUGUGCAACGCUCUAAACAGUGUCUCUGAGAACCAGUCGCUGCUGCGGAUGCCACCAUGGCUCAACAUCUGGCUGCUGGGGGCCAUUGUCAUGUCCAUGGCUCUGCACUUCCUCAUCCUCUACGUCAAGCCUAUGCCUCUCAUCUUCCAGGUAACCCCCCUGAGCUGGCCGCAGUGGGUGGUUGUAAUGAAAAUCUCCCUGCCCGUUAUCUUGCUGGACGAAGGACUCAAGUACCUUUCCCGCAACCACCUGGACGGCAUUCUCAGGACGGUAGGACACAUGUGGAGCGGGGAGCACCAGUUGAAAACCUGCAGGACUCCAGAGCAAGGGAGAAGAGGACAAGAAAUGAAUGACACAAAGGAAACGCUCCUAACUAAAGGAUCCCUAACUUGUAACUCGGACUGA